GUGGGGGAAGGGCAGUGUGGCAACAUGGCCGCGCCGCAGGAGGCGGCAUUUCCCGAGAAACCGAGCCACAAAAGGUUCCGGGCUGCCCUGAAGAAGGAGCGACGAAAGAAACGCCGCCAGGAACUCGCUCGGUUGAGAGACUCAGAUGGAGUCUCACAGAAGGAGGAGGAAGAAGACACUUUUAUUGAAGAACAACAAUUAGAAAAAGAAAGGCUGUUGGAGGAGAAAGAGAGGCAAAGAUUACAUGAAGAAUGGCUGCUGAGGGAGCAGAAGGCACAAGAAGAAUUCAGAAUCAAGAAGAAGAAAGAAGAAGCUGCUAGAAAACGGAAGGAACAACAAGAGAAAAAGUUAAAGGAAGAAUGGGAAGAACAACAGAGAAAGGAGAGAGAGGAGGAGGAACAGAAGUUGCAGGAGAAGAAAGAGAGAGAGGAAGCUGUGCAGAAGAUGCUGGAUCAUGCUGAAAAUGAGUUGGAAAAUGGUGGCAUCUGGCAGAACCCAGAACCACCGGUGGAUAUGAGAGUGCUGGAGAAAGAUCGAGCCAAUUGUCCAUUCUACAGUAAAACAGGAGCCUGCAGAUUUGGAGACAGAUGUUCUCGUAGACAUAAUUUCCCUACGUCAAGUCCCACCCUUCUUAUUAAGAGCAUGUUUACAACAUUUGGGAUGGAGCAGUGCAGAAGAGAUGACUAUGACCCCGACGCCAGCCUGGAGUACAGUGAGGAGGAAACCUACCAGCAGUUCCUAGACUUCUAUCACGAUGUCCUACCUGAGUUCAAGAACGUGGGAAAAGUGGUUCAAUUUAAGGUCAGCUGCAACUUGGAACCUCAUCUGAGGGGCAACGUAUAUGUUCAGUACCAGUCGGAAGAAGAAUGCCAAGCAGCCUUUUCUGUCUUUAAUGGCCGAUGGUAUGCAGGACGACAGCUCCAGUGUGAAUUCUGCCCAGUGACUCGGUGGAAAAUGGCAAUUUGUGGUUUGUUCGAAGUACAACAGUGCCCUAGAGGAAAGCACUGCAACUUUCUUCAUGUGUUCAGAAAUCCCAACAAUGAAUUUAGGGAAGCCAACAGAGACAUCUACCUGUCCCCAGACUGGACUGGCUCCUCUUUUAAUAAGACCUCGGAGAAGAGGGAAAGGCCAGGCCACCAUGAUGACUACUAUGGCCGGUCGAGAAGAAGGAGGAGCCCUAGUCCCGACACCUACAAGAGAAAUGGUGAGUCUGAAAGGAAGAGUAGCAGUCACAGGGGGAAGAAGUCUCACAAGCACAUUGCAAAGAGUCGUGAGAGGCACAGUUCGCCAAACAAAGGAAGAAAAAGGGACCGCAGCCCGCGCCGAAGCCGAAGGAACCGGUGGAGCCGGAGCAGGAGCAGGAGCAGGAGCAGGAGCAGGAGCAGAAGCCGGAGCCGGAGCCGAAGCCGGAGCCGGAGCCGGAGCCGGAGCCGGAGCUCAUCGAGGUCUAGGAGUCGCGGAAGGCGGAGGUCGGACAGUAGAGACAGAGUCAUUCAGAGCCCCAAAUCCAAAUAAGCCUCUGUCUUAAAUGUACACACUGUAUACUGACGGCUUUGCAAGUGUAACUGAGCUCUGUGGCCUGAAAUCUUUUGUAAAAUGUUCAUUGUUUGAUAAUCACGAAAUGUGUUUAGUAUAGAAAACCUAGAAAACAAAACUGUAUAAAUUAUAUGAUAUAACUUGUAAUAAUGACCCUGCAAAGACUAAUUAAUUCUAGAGCAUUGAGUUAGUCUUUUUUUCUUAUGGCUGUUUACACAUUUUCUUAAAUCACAGAUUGCAUAUAAUAACUUUAGUGUAAUGCCUUUCAUAUAAUUGUCACAUUUCAUCAAUCUCAAUUAUGUCACAUAAUUGUUAUUUUUAUUCAUUGUAUGACAUGUAUAUCAUGUAUUUAUUUACCUUUAUUCCAGAUGAACUUUGACUUUGUGCUAUUAAAGAGUGUUGUGCUAAAAAUAACCCUCUAGUUGGGUGAGGUGGUUCAAGUCUAUAGUUCUAGCACUGGGGAGGCUGAGGUAGGAGGAUCACCAUGAGUUUGGGGCUUGCCUGGGGCUCCAGUGUAAGUUCCUGGUCAGCUCAAGCAAGAGUGAAAUUCUGUCUCAAAAAAAAAGACCCUCUAAUAGAUUUCCUUAACUAUUUCUACAUAUUUCUGGUCAUUUCCUUAGAAUACAUUACAUGAAGGAAAGUGUGGUGGUUUGAUUCAGGUGUCCCCCAUAAACUUAGGUGUUCUGAAUGCUAGGUUCCCAGAUGAUGGAGAUUUGGGAAUUAACGCUUCCCUGGAGGCAGUGUAUUGUUGGG